CAAAACCCUAGAUUUCAAAUUUGUCUUUGGAUUAACAAAAUCAGAAAGAUAAAAUACCAGCACAAAAGUUUUGAUUGGGAAAUGAGAGCAGAAAUUUGAAACCACACAAGCACUACGGAUUUAUCGUUCUCGACGAAUUUUGAUCAUCGAGUUCGGCAUCUCCGCCCAAUCAGAGUUGCAGCCCCUCUUCUCCUCCCUCCUCCGUCAGCUCGCCAAAUUUUUAUCUGCAAUUGAAUUUUUGUUAAUAUUUUUCUGUAACCCUACUUGUCCAUGCGCAUACAUCAUGUGUAUGAUUAAAAAUUCCGAGGAACAAAAACAAUGUACUAACAAUAAGUAGUUGAAAAUCGCCGAAGCAAUUUCGGUUUCUUGUGGUUUGCUUUUGUUUUACGAUCUAGGGUUUCUGGGUGUUUUUGAGAACCCAGGUUUCGGAGAAAUUUCGAGGGAGAUAGAAGUAUUUAGAGAUCAAUGGCUCAAAAUGGUCAGGGAAUAGACCCUGCCGUACUCGAUGAUAUAAUCAAUCGGCUAUUGGAGUUCCGGCUAGCGAGAACCGUCCGGCAGGUUCAGCUUUCGGAAGCGGAGAUCCGUCAACUAUGUGCCGCUGCUCGAGAAAUCUUUCUUCAACAGCCUAAUCUUCUAGAGCUCGAAGCUCCCAUCAAGAUUUGCGGUGACAUUCAUGGACAAUAUGGUGAUCUGUUAAGGCUGUUUGAAUAUGGAGGGUUUCCUCCAGAUGCAAAUUACUUGUUUCUAGGGGACUAUGUGGAUCGUGGGAAGCAGAGUCUUGAAACCAUAUGCCUUUUACUCGCCUACAAAAUCAAAUUCCCUGAAAACUUCUUCCUUUUAAGAGGAAACCAUGAAUGUGCUUCCAUCAACAGGAUCUAUGGCUUCUAUGACGAAUAUGACAAAAUACUAUGCAUGCAUGGUGGUCUUUCUCCUGAUCUUACAAACUUAGAUCAAAUAAGAAACUUACCUCGCCCCACUGAUGUUCCAGACACCGGUUUGCUUUGUGAUUUACUCUGGUCAGAUCCUAAUCGUGACAUUAAAGGUUGGGGAAUGAAUGAUAGGGGAGUUUCUUAUACUUUUGGUCCUGAUAAAGUUGCAGAGUUCUUAAUGCAGCAUGAUAUGGACCUUGUUUGUCGUGCUCAUCAGGUUGUAGAAGAUGGGUAUGAAUUCUUUGCUGAUAGACAGCUUGUUACUAUAUUCUCUGCUCCAAAUUAUUGUGGUGAAUUUGAUAAUGCUGGUGCUAUGAUGAGUGUUGAUGAGAGCUUAAUGUGUUCUUUCCAAAUCUUGAAGCCAGCUGAUAGAAAACCUAGAUUUUUAUAAUUCGGUGACUUGAAUUCUGCUGUAUUGGUGACCUGAAUUGAAGAUGGAUGACAGCAGGAGUGGUGUGUUGUGGUUUUCUGUGAAGAACAUGUUGGAAAGACCUUUUGUUGAAGUUUUUUCUGCUUUUAAGGUAAGGGGUAGUUCCAGGAUGACCACAAAAUGCUGCUACUUUUUUUUUUUUUUAUAUAUAUAUUUUUUCUUCCUAUUUAAAACACUAUUAAUGGAGUCUGUGGUUUUAAACCGUUGACAUAGCAAUUUAUGAUGAGACUGCAACUACAUUUGGGUUUGUAAAUUGCAAUGAUUGACACUGUACUACUACUAUUACUAUUACUACUACUAAUUGUUGUUAGACACCAAAGAAUUGUGAACUAAUCCAGAUAGAAAAUCUCUGGAGUUGGGUCUUUUAAAAAUGGG